AUGGUACUCAUAUUUAGAAAAUAUAGCAUCACUGAGCAAUGCCAAGAGAUGUUAAGUCCUUUUGGAGGAUGGGUGGCCUCAAGAAUUUACCACCCACCAAACAAUGAAGACAGUGACUCAGAGGAGGAGGAGGAGGAGGAAGAAGAGACGGUGCCUGUAGAACCUUCAUCCUCAACUGAAAGUCAAGAGGAAUCCAGAAGAUCAUCAGAGCCUUUGUCUUCAACUGAAAGCCAAAUCCACAUGAAAGUCUUUGUGCUUGCUUCACCAGAUGGCCUUAUUCUUGACUUUGAGUUCUAUAGGUAUAAAGAUCAGGUCAUGAGUUCCGUGACUAGAACAAACUUGAGGGUUAAAUUUUUCAACACUCUGACCAUUGAAAACGACACAUCACUUAGAGAGGUCACCAUCAGAGCAGUUGCCGCCGUGGCUCAAGUGGUUGCGACCUGGACCGCAUUACAAAACCAAGCUAAUGACACAAAGAAACACCAAUGGAAUCCGUUCGGGUGGCUUACUUUACAUCCAGUCCCGCCACGCAGGCCGCCCUUCCACUCCUUGCGUAACGGCCGCCCAUGCCGCCGCCCAAAGGUAUAUAUAAACCCGCCCCCAAGCCGCCCGGGGACUGUGUUGAUUAUUGGUCGCCCGUUCACACCGCCGGCCGCCGCGUGGUGGGGAAUUUGUUACGAAGGAGUUGAUAACCUCGUUGCAAAAGUGGCGUCGACAAGCCUUGAGGAGAUGGAGGGGAAAGCGAAGUGGCGCAAGCUGAAGCGCGUCGUGGGACCCACUUCGCCGGCCACGCAGCAGCCCCCGGGUAAACAGCAAGUGAGGAAGGAAAAGACUAAAACCAGGGAUGCCAAAAGGAGGAAGAUGGGAGAGGGAGAUGAAGAAGAGGAGGAAACCGAGACCGCAAUGAAAGUGAAUGGAGAACACGGUAAAGUGACAACGAAGGAGGGCGGUUUAGUCGAUGAGGGUAUACCAAGCUUUCAGGAUGGCACCAAUGGUCUCUCUAGAGGCAAUGGAGCCAUAGACAGCUUGUACGAAGCCAAUGGCGAUGAAUGUCAGGGAAAGGUCCAGACACCCCGAGUUCUGGUAACUGACCUUGACAAAGACUUUGAGGCAGCCACCGUGGAAUGCAUUCAAGAGCCUCAAACCCUAGGGGGGAUUGCAAAGGAUGAAGAAUUUCCUGGAACAGGUGAGACAGGAGUUGCUUCACAGACACAAGGAUCUGAGUCCUCAGUGACCACCUCUUCGUCAAAGAGUGACCGCAAAAAGCACAAGAAAACUUCCAAGAAGUCCGGUGAUACCUCAAAUAAUGACAAGCCUGUGAAGUUCUUCAUUUCCGAUGAGGAGAGUGACAGUGAUACUGCAAUCUUUGUUGAUGCAAACCAGCCAACACCGAAUGGAGAAAAUCACAAUGUCAUGGACCAGAUGGCCGAUGGCCAAGACCCUGGGAUAGAAAUCAGGGCAGAAGUAGAUGCACGAGGAGAAUCAACUGUUGAACUGACAUUUGAGGGUGGAGAUGUAGAACUUGGGAUUGAGAACGUAGGUGAGUCCUUUGAUAUGAGCAAGAAUGGUGGGCCAACCACCACCCAGCUUGUAGACGUGGACUCAACUGAUGAACCACACCUAUAUGACAUCCAGAGGGCAAAAUAUAAGUCUUCUAUGAAACAGCCUGGCAGGACAGAGACCCGUAAAGUCAAGAUUCAGCCAAAGCCAGAAACUGUAAGCCAGUCAUCAACUAGUGAGUCAUUAGAUGUGGACUCGGUUAGUAAGUCGUCUGUUAGUGAUCUCAUAGAUCAAGAAUCUUACAGUAGGACUUCGACUACUGAGACCAGCAGGACCUCCACUGUAGAGUCACAAGAUGCAGACACAGUGAGUAUUUCCUCUGUAACUGAGUCAACUGAGCAUGAAACCCUCAGCAAAGUUUCCACAACAGAAUCUGGAGAUCAGGAAACCAUUACUAUCUCUACAACUGAAUCAACUGAAGGCACCAGCAAGACAUCUACAGCCGAGUCCGUCGGUACAAUUAGCAAGUCUUCUACGGUUGGAUCCAUGGAGGGAGAAAGCAAGAGUUCCUCUUCAGAAUCAGGAGAACAAUAUAUGAGCAAGACCUCAACGAGUGCAUCAGUGAGCAAGACAACAACUAGUGAGUAUGAAGAAGCAGAAUCAGUAUCAAGAACAUCAGCAAGUGAAACAGCAAGUCGCACCAGUGGAACAAGUAGGACUACCACUACUACUGAAUCAGGAGAGCCUACUGGAACCAGCAGAACGGCCACUGAGUCAGUAACAUCUGCUAGCGAAACUGGUGAGUAUAUAAGCAAGUCUAUUAGCAGUUCAACAGAUUUUGAUGCUGAGAGCUUGUCUUCAACUGCUGAUCUUCUUACUCCUAAGGAGGAGCCUCCAUUUCCUCUUGGUAUGAAAGCUGAAGCAGAACCAGGAGACCAAGUAAAACUCGACAGUUCUCCUGAAAUACUCCUGGAAAGUCAAGUAGAGAAGCCAAAAGAUGAGCUUGAAGUUCUUCCAGGUUCACCUUCUUGGAAAAAACUAGAUGUUGAAGAUCAGUUACGACUAGCCAGUAAGACAGAGAUCCCUGAAGGAAUGCCAGCUGAUGCCAUGAAAGAUAAAAAGGAUGCUGAUGCAGAAAGCCUGUUCUUUAGCCUCUAUCCAGAAUACCAACCAGGAGAAUCUCAAGAAUUAAAGGAUGAGAUAAAUGCAGGGAAUCCUAAGGUUCUUUGUUUUCGAGGCCAAACCCCAGAUCAAGGAGAGCGUCAUGAAGAGGUUUACAUGGCGAAGGAGAAAGAAGCAGGAGGAAAAGAUGGAAGAAUCAAAGGAGCAGUCUCUGGGAAAAUCCAACAGCUUCAACGCAAGCUCUCUCAACAGAAAAAGCCUGAGAGAGAGACUAAAGAAAUCCUUGAGUCUGAAGGAUCUCCGCCACAGCUUCGAAGCACGGCAGUCAUUGACCAAAUUGGGGUCAGCUUCGACGAGCAACAAGCAACCACCCCUGGAAAUGGAGAUGACACAAAAGGAGACUUCGACAGAAAAGAAUUCCCCGAUCACACCACCCCAGGGGGGCCGCUGCCCGAUGUUCUUGACCGUUCCAUUACCACUGGUACAGGCAUUGACACAAAGGAGAUCCAGUACUCCAUUAGUAGCGCGAAGGACGACUUGGUACGUACAGUUGGAAAACUUGGAGAACGAAUUGAAGGCUUAGCUGACAGCGUCGAAGUCGUGGCAGGAGUAGUUUCGGAUGUUGUCCAGAAUGCCAGUGGGCAAGCUGACAUUGGACAUGAAGCCACAGCUAUGACAGAGUCUGGACAGGAAGCCAUAGAAGGUGAAGGCAAGAGCGAAAACAAUAUGAAGGAUCGCAAAACUCUAGUAGGAAAAGCAAGGGAUUGGAUCAAAGGUGUUGCAAGGAUUGGAAGCAAGAAAGAAGAUAGUGCUGAAAAGGCAGCUGAGAAGGAAAGAGAGGCUGCCAAGAAAGCAGAAACUCCAUCUGAAAAUGGAACUGAUGAAACUAGUAGUGUGAAAUCAAAAUCAUCUGGAACUAAAGAAACACCUAAUGGAGAGGAAAAACCUCCAGGUACAGAGGAAGAAGGUGCUGUAGCAGAAGGUCAGAAGAUGCCUGGCACACCGCCCAAGGAGGAUGAAAUAUCACAAAUAAGCAAAGAAGAACGCAUUUCACUUAUUGGAGAUAAUGGAAUACCUAGUAUCACGCCUGAAGAGAUUACAGAUGACGCAAACCAUGUUAGUGACAGAGGAAGCACAAAUGGAAAUGGCAAGCAAGAUGAUUUUGCUGCCGAAGAAAAGCCAUUAGGAGAAGAAGCAGCAGUGGUUACACUAGAAGAGGAGCUAAUGAAAGCAGAGGAUGAAAUCAUCCAGGAUAUUUCUGCCGAAAAGGGUACAGGAAAAAUUAGCCCCAUUAAAGAAGCAGGGAGCCCAGAAAAGGAGAUUGCAACAGCAGUCCAUAUAGAGACUUUAGGUGCAGAAGAAGAGAAGCCUGAUUCUGGCCCUAAAGAAGGGGAGACAGAACAGACGGAAAGAAAGGAAGAACAAGCAGAAGGAGAAGCUAAGGAAGAAAUUACUGACGAGCAAGGGAAAGAGGCUGCAACUGAAUCACAGGAAGCAGCAGAAGGUACAGGACAGGCUGCAGUGAUUGAGGUUGUUACAGAGGAUGUAGAUGCAUCAAAGGAGGAGAAGGAAAGAGAAGAAGCAGGAAAGGAAGAAGGCGCAGCUGAGGAACCCACGAAAGGAAAAGACGAGCUAAAACCACGCCGCAAGCGCCGUGAGAAAUCUAAAUCACCCUCUGUUCGCAGAGAUCGAGAAGGGAAGGAGAGGAAAGAAAAGGACAAAGAUAAAGAUAAGGAUGGGAAAGGUAGUAUCAGGAAGCGUAGACACAGACGCCGUACAAAGAGUCAGGAGGAGCCAGGAGAACCGGGACUUCUUCAGGCUACUGAAGUCAUAGAUGCAGAAGCUGCACAGGCAGAAGGGAUUGCUGUACAGCCUGAGAUAAGUAAGGAAUCUGAAAUUGCAAAGGAAGCUGAAACUGUUGAAGUUGUUCAUGAGCCAGAAGUCAAGCAAGAGGUUGGAUUUGCACGAGAAACAGAAAUCAUAGGAGAGGCUGUAGGUUUACAAGAGCCAGAGAUUUCUCAAGAAGCUGAUAAGGAAACUGAGCAGAAGCCUGAAACUUUAGAAGAAUCUGCUAUUGUAAAACAACCCGAGGUUGUUGCAGAACCUAUUGUCAUAAAAGAAGUUGAUGCAAAAAGUGCAGAAGAACAAAAAGCCGAAGGUGUAAAGGAAGAAGCUGAGGCCAAAGAAGAACCAGAUAUUUCAAAGGAAAUUCUAGAUGCACAGGCUGAAGUGGAAAAGAUGUUUGAAGCACAUGCAGCUGCAAGUGAAACUGUAGCUGAUCAUACAUUUAAAUUAGAAAUUAGUGAAACUGCCGCAGAGGUAACAGCCGCAGCACUUGAACAAGAAACUAAAAAGGAAGAGGCAGUGGAUGAAACUACUAAAAAGGAAGAGGCAACAGAGGAUAUAACUAAAAAAGAAGCCAUUAAAAAGGAAGAGGGAGCAGAAGAAAAAGAUGUUGACAAAGCUGACUCAAAGGAAGCAGAGUUAGGGACUGCAAAGAAAGUCGAUUCUGCUACGAAAGAUGAAGCUGAUGAAAAAAAGGAAAAAGGGCUAGAAGCAGAUCAGGCGCCAGGCCCAGAGGAAACACCAACUACAACACGAAGACGAAAGGAUUCAGCCAGGUCACAUAAAGACAAGUUUUCUGAUGAAUUUUGGAAAGACAAGCUGAGCUCAGGUCAAAAGAAACACUCUUUUGGAUCUGGGGAUUACUCCGGGGUUGAUAUAAAACGUCCUUCAAAAUUCAAAAGGGAACAAUCUGAAGAACCAAAAGAGGAGAAGCAAGACACAGAAGAAUCUGAAAAGGCAGCCAAGUCAGAAGAAAAGCCUCAGGAGGAGGAGACUCAGGGGCCGCAGGAAACCCCAGAAACUGGAGAUCAAGAAGCUGGAGAAGUUCAGGCCUCUGUUACAGCAUCUGCUACAUCGUGGAGCCCUCGAGUUAGCAGGAGAGAGAGGAAGAGUAGCAGAAGGUCUGGUGAACACAAGCGAGAAAGCAGAUCAACGAGCAAAUCCAAAAGUUCCAAGGAAAAAAAACACCAAGAAUCUGAAGGUGUUACCACUAAAGCAGGUGAAGAUGCAGCAUCACUGGGCUCACCUAAAUCGCUGAAGAAGAAGAAGAAGAAAUCAGAAGCACCAGGUUCCCCAAAGGAAGGAUCUGCACCAGAGCCAAAACCAAGGACUCGCCACUCCAAACCGGAAUCCCCUUUGACCAAAAAAACUCCAACCACGGACCAGCUAGCAGCGGAUUCUGUGCCUGUCUUACAAGAGCUGAAAUUCCCUGAGGGGAUUUCUAAACCUGUUUCCCCUUCACCAGUCAUGCAAACCUUGAAAUUUCCUGAAGGAAUUUCUCAACCCCUUUCGCCAACACCAGAAAAAGUAAAGCCUAGUGUAACCAUUCCCAAACCAACUCCAGAAGCGCAGCCUCUAUCCCCUCUUAAACCUUUGAAAUUUCCUGAAGGAAUAUCCCAACCAAUUUCCCCAAUAACGCAAAAAGUUAAGCCUCCCCCUUUUAAACCUACACAAGAAACAACAAAAGAAGAAGUCAUUCAACCUGUAUCUCCAACUUCAAAAACCGCAAAAUCGCCAGAAGUGCUUUCACCUUCUCCUAAAGAGCUGAAGUUUCCAGAAGGGGUUUCCAUGCCUCGGUCACCUACUCCACAAGAACUGAAGUUCCCAGAAGGUGUCUCUAAACCACUUUCCCCAUCCCCUAAAGAAUUGAAGUUCCCAGUAGGUGUUUCAAAGCCACUUUCCCCCUCUCCUAAAGAGUUAAAGUUCCCUGAGGGCAUUUCGAAGCCACUGUCACCGGCACCAAGGGAAUUAAAGUUCCCAGAAGGCAUCUCAAAACCACUUUCCCCUUCCCCCAAAGAAGCAAAGGUACCAGAGCCAUCUCCUUCUCCAAAAGAAUUAACAUUCCCAGAGGGGAUCUCUAAGCCGUUGUCUCCAUCCCCUAAAGAAGUACCAAAGCCAUUUUCACCUCUUCCACAAGAAUUAAAGUUCCCCGAAGGAGUUACAAAACCAUUAUCUCCCGCAAUUAUUGCUGGGAAAAUGCCUGAGCCCAAACCUCUGAAAGAGAAAAAGAAGGAGCGGCCACGUGUCAUCAUUCCCAAAACACUGGAGCCUGCUAUAGAGCCAAUGAAACCAAUAUCACCCAUGAAAACACUGAAAUUCCCAGAGGGAGUGACAAAACCCAUUUCUCCAAUGAAGACUAGAGUUGUAAGUGAUCUUAAGCCAUCUUCACCAACAUCCGAGACAAAGAAACCCAUGUCUCCACUUAAACCUUUGAAAUUCCCAGAGGGCAUCUCAAAGCCCAUCUCGCCUCUCCCUCCCAAGGCGACGUUUAAGCCAGUAUCAUCUGUAGCCAAACCACCAUCCCCUACAUUAGAUGAAGCUCCUAAACCUGUAACAUCCGUUGAUAAGGCAACUGCAACAGAGCCCCUGAAAACCAAAGCUUCACAGACACUUACUAAACUGGAAUUUCCAGAGGGAGUAUCAAUACCUGUAUCACCGGUUCCUGCUAAAGCAAAAUCACUGGCAACAAAGGGCAAGAUAGACAUGAAGAUUGAGAUGCAAAAGAAAGAUCUGGCUGAUGCAGAGAUGAAAAAAUCUGAAACUUCUCUAUCCGAAGUGUCUUCACCUUUGCUCACUGCACUCCAGUUCCCAGAAGGUAUUUCAAAGCCUCUUUCCCCAGUACCACCAGGACCCAAACCCACAGAAAAGAAGGCGUCUACUCCAGAUGAGCCUCCAACACCACCCCUUCCAUCUACAUUACCUCCUGACUUGCCAAAGGGACUUGCAGAUGGAUCAAAGCCAUUAUUUACAACCACUGCCCCUGAAACUCCUCCUAUUCAAACUCUAACUUUCCCCGAAGGUGUUUCAGUGCCUAUUUCUCCCAUUCCUAAAUCAGUGAAACCCACUACGUCUUCACCUCUUACCAAGCCAUCCACACUUCUGCAAAAGGUAACUUCCCCACAGCCAAAGGGAACAACCACACCAACACAAAAACCUGCAUCGCCAAAGCUAAGUAAGAAAACAGAAUUCCCCAAAUCAAUCUUGUCAACAAAGCACCGUACAGAUUCAGUGAAGUCUCCAGACGCUACAUCUAAGCCAGAGACUGACCAGGUGAGCAGUGACGCUCAGCCACCUGCAUCUAAGCCUUCUCCUGAAGAAAAGCCUUUAACGACGGGAGAAAGGAUCAGUAGAGCAGUAGCGUCAAUAGGGUUAACUCGAAGUUCUGAGGGACGAACGACUUCCAAGUUCUCUCGCAGUGAUAGCCUCCGGUCGUCACAGAAACGCACAGAGAGUCAGGAGGGCGCACGACCUCAGCAAGACGACACCCACGCUAAAGACGGAUCUGAGUCGCCUCACGCUGGAGCAGAGUCCCCUUCAAAGCGGCUUCGAAGGAGGAAGAAACGUUAGUGACACUAACGUUUUAACCAAUUUCAUGUUUAGAAUUCCAGAAACAUUUAUCCCUGAUAGCCUUUUAUAGAAUAUUUUCUUAAUCUAGCUCAGUUUUAAUUCACGCAUUUUUAGAAGCGGAAUGUAAAAAUAUAAGAUGAACAACUGGACUCCAACAAUUCUCUUUAUCAAAGAAGAUGGAACAAUCCAGUAGAGAUAUUCUUCACUCUUGGCUCUACCUAAUGGAAGUAGGAGACACCAGUUUUCUCCUUGAUCACGGUACCUGUGACAGUUCUCAGACCUGCAACUGACAUGUAACACUUCUACAUGACUUCGACGUUGCUGAGAGGGUCCUUGCGAAAGCGCCGCAGCCUGGUCCGUGCACUGACCGGAGGGUAGGGUCCCUGACGUGAACGAGUAGGAAAGAUGGAUUCCUUUCUCACACGACUAAGGAGCUUUAGAUCUAUGCUUUAUUGUUUGCUGUGAUAUCAGAUUUCUUUGUGUUAGAUUAGUCAAAUCAGAAUUUUACAAAAUGAUGAAAAAAGCACUAAAAAUAUAUAUAUACACACGUGGCGAGGAUGAAUGUAUACUGACCAAGUGCAGGAUAAUACACGUGAUGUAAAUGAUUAGGAUGAAGAGUCUAAUUCGCCCUCAUUCUACCGCCGCGUAGAAUGUUAGCUGUAAUGUUCCUUUGUAAUGUUCGUUACAUUAUGCCACCUGCAUCACCUGCACAUAGCAUUGACUCAAAGCUAUCACCAAAUAUUAUAUAGAUGUAUACUAUGAACUGAAUAUACUUGUUGCAUUAUUGGGAGAUGUAUGUUUAUAUAAAUCAUGAUGAUAUGUAUGCAUUAAUAUACAUAUAUGCAUUAUUAUACAUUGAUGAAAACAUUUUAAAAGAAUUAUGACAUAAUGUAUUAUUCAGUCAGUCACAUGUCAUAUUCAUUGUGUGAACCGAUACAUGUUGUAUGAAAGAUUUUAUAAUAUGUUGGUCAGAACGUAGAAAUAAUUAGUGUGAGAGGAUGUCUGAAUGCCAGUGAACAUAACAGGCGAUAAGAAGAGGUAGAAAUCUCACUAUCUAGCUCUUGUCCUGCGUCGAUAAGGAAUGAGUCUAUUAAGAGAGCCAUGAGACCCACGAGGCCGCAUGACUAUUGCCGUUGCAUGAUUCAGAACUGUGUGAAAUUGUACAGGAAAUGAGAAUGCUGUAAGAUUGGCGAAGAAGUAGAGUUAACCAAUGGAUGCAUGCAAAUUCCAAGAUGACGAUCGAUUUCAUUAAAAAGUGUACUGCUAUUGUUAACACUAAUCUGUCUUUUUUUGCAAAUACUUGAUGAGAUACCCACCAAUGUGAGCUGUACUUAGGUACCUUAACGUUUUUAGUGAACAGUGUCUACUUUCUGUUGAUGAAAAUAGUCAUUUAAGAUUUUUGCAAAGUUCAUUGUUUGUAAGUAGUAAUAAUCAAUGUAUAAUCAAUCUAGGUACUGUGUGGCACGAAUCCUUCUUUUUUUUUAAGUUGUUCCUUUUUUUCUAUAAAUGUUAUCAGGUAUGUCAGCUACAUCAUCAUUUACGACGUCGAGGAGAUCCGAAUUCAUUUCAGAGAAACCUGCACAAACACCAAGAGCAAAACGCGGGAAAACUGGAGGGAAAAUCGACAUAAGGCUUGUGUUUAGAUGGAGAUAUAUAUGUAUAGGUAAUGUUACUUAUCUUAUUUUCUCCAGUGAAAAGAGCAAGUGGGUGUUCCCUUGAACGCGUUGGAGCGAAGGAAAACACAGCCCUAAGCCACCCCGUUUCCCGAGUCCGUAACUCUGUAGUUUGGCUUCGUUUCCUGGGUAUUUUCCGGGUAUCCGAGUCGUUCGUGAAACCGAAGCCUCUAGCGUGAUAUAAGACGAAUUUAUGCAAAUAUGUUCCGUCUAUAAUCAAUAAAGUUGGCAAUUA